AUGCAGAAGAAAGCCUGCGAUCAAUGCUAUAGUAGAAAGAAAAGAUGUUUGGUGCGCCCGCCGUCCUCCAUAUGUGUCCGAUGUGAGAAAUCGUCCCUUACCUGCACUAUCGCCCGACAGCAACUACGCGCAGGGCGCCCGCCGAAACAAGGACAUCCUGGGGUAGCGAAAGGGUCACUCGCCAUAUGGGACUAUGCCUUACCAGAGGGUAGUCCAGAAGAAGAAGAAGCUCAGGAGCAACCCCAGACUGUAAUCAACUCCAACGCGGUCAAAGAUGCAGGCGAACGGUCCCCCUCGGACUCCACACAUUCGGGCUCCUCCACGCACCUAGAGGUGGAGGACUUCUAUCUUCUAAAUGAUAUUUAUAUGUUUGGAUUCACAUUUGCGAACGACUUCCAGCGAGCGCUGGAAUAUAGCUACCGUCAUUCGCCAGACCUGUUGGAUGAAAUUUUUGCUGCUAUCAGUAGCUGUCUCUCGUGGGCCCGUUUUGGCUUGCUCACAGCCGAUCAAGUCGAUGUUAGGAGUGGUGCUGCUUCCGUAGAAAAGCUCAGAAAUGCGGUCAUUAAGCAUACCCAUGACGCGCUCGCGGUUCUUAUGUUGGGGCAGGCAUUAGCUGCGUUUGAUUCCCUGGUUACAUCCACAGGAGCAAUCACAAUUCUCCGAUGCUCCUUAUCUCUCGUCCACCCAUGGUAUCCGGAUAUUGCUCCCAACCGAUUUCUAGAACCUAUCUCGAUCGCACCGAUCUUUUGGGACAUAGUAUGGUGCCUACUUCAUCGACAGGUCCCUGUGAUCCGACCGCUGUUCAGCCGUGCAGGAGUCGUUGAUCGAGUGGCAGGCCUCUGUACAUCGCUGCUGCCGAUACUCUAUGAUCUGUGUGUUGUCAGCCAGCAACUGGCAGAUGGAUCUGCUCAGGAAACGACCCUUGAAGAGGUUGAGCACAAGAUCCGGACCUGGUCCCCUGAUGAGUCUAGUCUCUGUUUGGAGGCGUAUAGCGAGCUGGAGAUAUUAUCAAUGCGCACCCAGGCAAUGAUGUAUCGAACCGCUGGUCUGCUGCUAAUCCAUCGACUCCGCCAUCCACUAACCUUGGAGGAUACGGCCGCAACUGCCCUAGCCAGUGAUAUUCUUGACGCUAGGAGCCGAUUCUUUGCGGAUGCCGGAACCGGUGCUAAGUUACAAAAUACGACUUUCCCACUUUUCCUUGCCCUCCUAGAAAUACCCGUUUCGCUGGAAGGCCUCUGGGAGAGCUCAACGUGGCUUCGCGCUCGACCAGCCUGUGUGGACCGUUUGUUUGCCUUCAACCAGUAUUACUGGGAUCAGCGACGGUCGGGAUUCAAUGGCUCGCUCUUUGAUCUGGUAGAAAGCGGCCCGGAGUUUGUUCCAGGUCCAUGA